GUGGACGUCGACGGGAUCCCAGAUCGAAUCCUGCGCUCGACGGACGAUCCAGAGAGGCGCGUGGAGAAGGCGCGGUUGUUCGCGGAGUGGCGCGAGCGGUUCGAUAUCGAUUUCAUUUUGCGCACGCCGAAGCCGUACUUUAAAAUCAUCAAGCGAUACUAUCCGCACGCGUUUCACAUGACGGGCAAAGGUCAGAACGCGUGCUCGAUACAGAUAGAAAAGCCGGGACAGUUUGGACAUUUGCUCGACGCGGUCCGGCGAGAGGCGGAGGAGAUAGGAAGACCAGAUGACGAUCCCGUGCACGCCGUCGUCGAACACGUGUCCUUCGUGAUGACGUUUUUAUUCGAACAUAUCGACACCAGACCGUGGCCCCGCGGCAAGACGAUUCGAAUCGUCGAUAUGAGUCGACUUGGUAUGAAUGAUAUCGGUUUCGAGGUGUUCGAUUUUUUGCGCGUCAUGUCUCAAGUGUCCAAGCGCGCCUUCGUCGAGCGCAUUCACAAAAUUUACAUCGUGCACCCGCCGGCGAGUUUCGCAUUCAUUUUCAAUACUUGCAAGCCGCUCAUCUCCGAGCGCACGCUGAAACAAAUCGUCGUCUGCAGCACGCUCGAUGAAUUUACGAGCAAGGUGAAACGCGAGGCUGAUUUGAGCUCAGUUCCGCGCGAAUACGGCGGCUCGUGCGAAUGCGCAGACUGUUGGCGCGAUUGCGAUCGCGAGCGGCGGCUGCGCGAGCUCGCGCGCGAGCUCAACGCGAACGGGGCGCGUUGA